AUGGGAGCGGCUCAGUCGAAUGAGCAUGGUGCAUCAACACCAGAGGAGUUGAGCUACGUGCUCGCCGAGCGCUUCGCCACAAAAUGCUUUACACCAUUAGAGCUCACACAUUUCAAAGACAACUUCUUCUCCCGCGCUGCAGAACAGGGCGGUCUGCGAUACUGGAAUGAGCAGACCCUGUCUGCUUUCUUGGCCAUCCCAGAUUCUCAGGAUCUCUUCUUAGAUCCAGGUCCAGUCAUCUUCCGCAUGCUGUCGUAUCUAGGCAGUUUCCCAUUUCAGAAUACCCUUGCACCUACGGUGUUAACCUUCGAGGCUAUGGUCAAGGUUGUUGUGCUUCUGACUGAACGCUACGAGAAAGUGCUUAAGCGGGGUCGGAAAGAUCGCAUUAAACUGAUCUUUGGAUCGUUGGCUGAUGUGACGAGACGGCCGCCUGUUUCUACUUCCCCUAAAGAAGACGAUGCUAACGGAUCUAAAACCGAGAAUGCUGAAGCAACUGCUCCUGUUCAAUCGCAUUCGCUGGGAUUCUCAAUAGAUGAACCGGCGAACGAUGAGUAUGAUGAAGACGAGGAUGAUGAUCUUGCUCUUGCGGCAUUGGAGUCUCUUGAUGCCAUUGAAGUUUUCAAACAUGACCAUCGUGUUGAUAAGACGGUCUAUGAGACUGGGAUUACUAUUGAUACCUUCCGGCGGUUGCUUAUGCUGUUGCUUGUUAUUGCACCGCUCAGACCUUUGGAGUCCGUCAAGGUCUAUACAUCUGAUUUUGAUGGUGAGCGAAUGGAGGCAAUUCGCAAAGAGGCAGACAACAUUAUUGCAGCUUUCUCACCACAAGAACGAGAUGUUGGAAUCUCGUACAAGACUUUUGCCAGAACUAUAUCGCUGUCACUGCCGUAUCUCUUCGAUCCACUGACUGCUUUGUUCGAGCAUAUGCUUUUCAGCAAGAACUUGGACCUCUCCCAACGCCGACAAAAGGGACUAACUCCGGAAACAGAGGUGGAGGAUGCUGAGAAGCCCGAAGAGCCACUCCUGCCACCAGCUUCAAUCACACUCCCGGGCAGUUUCGAAUCAGCAAUCUUAAACCCAACUGUUGUAUCCCAUCUCUCAUUCUUCCUCCCGUCAACAUCACCAACCCUGAACCUCUUCCGCAGCGGCAUCAAGCUGCAUCCAGUCUUCUCAACCAACGCCCACGGCUCAUCCCUGACCUCCUUCUCGCACCACGUCAUGACCUGGCAAUCUGCCACCCUCCUCAUCCUCCAAGGAAACCAAGAAGGAUCCUCAGACGAGAACCCAAUAACACUAGGCGCCUACAUCCCCCAAACCUGGAAAUCUCCCUCUUCAAGCACAUCCCAACCCUCCUCAACUAAAGCAGACCCCCUCCCCUGCCUCUUCCAACUAUCCCCCAAACACACCCUCCUCCCAGGAAAUCCCUCCCCAUCCCAAACAAACCAAAACACCCCAACGGCCUACUUCUCCACCCAAACAGGAAUAGCCCUAGGCUGCCAAAUCCCCCCACCAUCCCGAAGCAACAAAAGCCCCCCAAAACCGCACGGCGCAGGGAGUCUCCUUAUAGACUCAAACCUCGAAACAGCAACAUUCCACACCGCACCCAUCGGCCACGAUGGCGUCUUCCUACCAUCACCUACUACAUCCCUAGAAGACGCACCGAAGACGAUCAAACUUGAUCUAUGGACCCUCGAGAUCUGGGGUAUUGUGCCUAAUCCGGAAGAAGCAUUCACUACAGAGCCUGGAUCUAGUGCUGUGGAGAUGCAGCGUGCUAAGUGGGAGUUUGAGGCUAGGGAGGCGGAGCGGAGGAGGAAUAUUAAUCUUAAGGCUGGGGCCGGGGAUUCGGCGGCUGAGAGUGCUCGGUGGUUACUUGAGGCUGCUGGGAUUGUUGGGGAUCAGGGGAGACAUUCCGGCGGGAGUGUUUGA